ACAGCUGCUAGUUACGAGGAAGGAACCCGGUGAAGCGCACUGUAUUUCAGUUUCGCGCUAGACGACUCAUCGGUCGUAGCGUAGCGUAGCGUUGGAUCUAGGAUAAGAAUUUAAUAAUUUAGUUAGCGUAGCGACAUAAUUUUAACUCAGGGGUUAUAUCUGUGUGGAAGGGCAAUACUACUAAUUUCACAUAAGGUAGCCGACGUUGAUAGACAGCUGCACAAACUCAACAAUGGCCCUGAAAAGAAUUCAUAAGGAGUUAAAUGACUUGGCUCGGGACCCUCCUGCUCAGUGCUCCGCGGGACCGGUGGGGGAUGACAUGUUUCACUGGCAGGCUACAAUAAUGGGACCUAAUGACAGUCCCUACCAGGGCGGCGUGUUCUUCCUGACCAUCCACUUCCCCACUGACUACCCUUUCAAACCGCCAAAGGUUGCAUUUACCACACGAAUCUACCACCCGAACAUCAACAGCAAUGGAAGCAUCUGCUUGGACAUCUUGAGGUCGCAGUGGUCACCAGCACUAACCAUCUCUAAAGUCCUCUUGUCCAUCUGCUCACUGCUCUGCGACCCGAACCCAGAUGACCCGCUAGUGCCUGAGAUCGCACGCAUCUAUAAGACAGACAGGGAAAAAUACAACAGAAUAGCCCGGGAAUGGACACAGAAAUAUGCCAUGUAGUCUUAAGGUAUAACCGUGAGGAAUCUGCCUUUACAUUCGAAGGCUUACCGGGAGCUUUG